AGCUAGCUAAUCUUGUUUAGUUUGAUCUAACUAGCUAGUUAGGUUAGGUUAGUGACAGUUGGCAAACUGGUUAGCUAGCUACAUUAGCUAAGGUUACUUGUUAGCUUGCUAGCUACUUGUUUUUUUUUUGCUUGGGAGACGUUGUUGUCAAGAGGUGGUCCACAGAACAAAGACUCGAAUCAAUGCUCGAAUCAAUAAAAGUGACUGGUAUGUAUGCACUUUAUCUGUGUAUGACUUGAAUUUGCUUGAAUUAGCUAACAUUAGCGUUCCAAUCUGGUCAGAAAGCCAGCAACAACAGAGACACACUGAACACAGAAGUCUGAACUUCAAACAUAAAAUGCUUAUAAUAAGUUGUUCUGCAUUUUCCACUCAUUCUGAAACUGGCUGUUGUUUUGACACUCAUUAAUAGGAUGUUUUUAAUAAUAAUAAUUUGUUACAUUUCUUUAGCGCUUUUCAUAGAAUCUCAAAGCGCUUCAAGAGAAAAAAAACAACAAGCAAUAUUAUCAUGACAGGUCAACAAAGGCCAAGUCUUUGAAAGCUGCAUCCUCCGAAGAUGGGUAGGGUCAGUUUAUGGCUUGAGUGGAGGGAGCUGGUCAGAGGAUGGUAGAUGAUGGUGAUGGAGUCUGCUGAUGAUCUUGUAGAUACAUUAUAGACAUUUUAGACAUUAUAAAGCUGUCAUAACAUACAUGCUUAACUUUUCAAGCACUUUUCAAGAGAUUCAAAGUCACUUUACAUACACAAGAUAAUCAACAGCAGGAUAAAAAUCUAUAAAAUCACACAUAAAAAAAAAGUUAGUAUAAAAAAAGUACACCAACAUUGUUAUAACAAGUCUAACAAUGCAUUAUAACUGUCAGUAGCCACUGUAUUGCAUUAUUUGUCAGUACUGUACUACCUCAAAAAUCUAAAUCAAGCUAUUUUGCAGUGCAGCAAGAACAGAAUAGUGUAGCUAAAAUAAUGUAGAACUGCAAUAUACACCUGUUGCUGUAAUAAAGCAGAAAACAUUGACAUGGUCAAGGGAUAUUUAUCCAUUCUUAAUGUAUUUGUUCCAUGACCAGCUACUGACUCAUCUUUUGGAAUGAUUCAGCUUGGGUAAUGUUAUCUGAGAUGGUUUGUUUUGAAAUCUGUUGUUGCCAUGUGAUCUGCUGAAGCCCCGAAGUGGUUGUGUUGUUAGUGCAAUGGUUGCAUAGCUUCCACAUCAGUGCUCCUGUCUGAACAAAGUAGUUAUACACAGUGUGAUGACGCUCCUGGUCAUCCAGCCCAUCUCACUGGAGCACAGGACACAAUGCUCUACACUAGGGCUGCUACCCUGUCACACUCUGGAGACAUGAUGGGAAUAAUUUGGUGACACACCUACAUCAUAACUGACUGUGCUUUGUGCAUAGAGAAAUCAAUGAAGCAUAGCUAAUAGUCCCAAUAAGGACUGCUGAUACAAUUGCUAUAAAGCUGUAACUGGAGAGGUUGUCAGAAAUGUCCAUUUGGAUAUGUCCAUUUAAGGUCUAUGCACUGUGAUUCUAUGAAAUGGAGGAGGAUAGUAGCAGCCUUUAUUGGCUUGGUCUGAGUGAGUCAGUGUUGCACUCCAAACCCAAACCAAUGAUAUCACCCUCUGAGCUAUUGAAUAAUCCUCUAUUGGGUUCUGUAAACAACGCAUGCACACAUGACAGAAUUCACAGAAGUCUAGCUUUAGAGCUGAACUGGCUGCAGACUGAAGAAGCUCCUCUGUCUCAUUCUGUAAAAGGAUUAGUCUAGGUACUGUUCAGUGAGUGAGUGAGAGAGAUAAUCUAAAAUAAGCAAGCUGCUGCGUCAGUAUUACUGACUCAACCCUUGGUCAGUCAUCAACACUUGUUGUUUCAGAAAGGCUCCAUUGGCCAUCGAUGGAGCAGUCUAAGAAGUACCUCCUGAGCUCGACGUUGCCGGUAGAGAUGGAGAUCUCUAAGAAGUACUCAAGCCCCACGGUGCCGGACAAGCGGCCUCUGAGCCCCACUCAGGUGUGCCUGGAGAAGCUGUCGUCCAGCAUCCUCAAGGACCUCUUCACCACAGGAACCAGCAGCUACAAUGUGCUCCUGCAGGCCGAGGAGGAGGAGAGACAGAGCCCCAAGCACUCCCCGUACCGCAGACCCAAGAAGACUGUGAGAUGUGCCUCUACAUCCAGCAGGUCACACGAUAACCACCACCAUCCGUCUGUAACUCCUCUGUUACUGUUGGGCCAGCAGGGCAGCGGAGACACCAGGGACACCAGGCACUCCUCCCACCACCAUGUCUUCUCCUCCGCCUCAGGGGGCUUCGCCAGUGGACCCAAGCCAGCCCACAGCAUCACAGUCCUGGGUAGCACCAUGAGCCUGUCCCCCCGCCCUGUCGCCCGGCCAUGGAAGACCUGCUUUUCCAGCUCAACCCGUACCAAGCUGCCCUCGCUGCCCAGAGGAGGGGUGAUGCGGGAAGGGGAGAACGCCGGAAUCAAGAAGCUUUGCAUCCUCACCGCCAUCAAGCCGUCCAACGUGGAGAAGGAGAAGGUGAAGUUCUUCAAGUCGGACUUCAGCUACAAUCCUCAGUUUGAGUACAGCAACCCUGUGUCUCCGCUGGUGCUGGCUCGCCACAACAACGCCUCCGACCGCUUCCUGACACAGGUGAGACCCAUGUCAAUGAAUUAAUAGUGCUUUUCGGGCCAUUUUAAACCAUAAAUCUCCCUACACAUCAGCUAUAACAGUGGAGAGGUGAGGAGUGAAUUAUCAUGCCAAUUACUGUUACAGGUAAGUCUAAGGAUAGGACAGGUUUUAUACAACUAAGGCAAGAGGUAGACUAGGCACAACAAACAAACACUAAGCACUUCCAGAGGUCGGUACAGGUGACCUACCCUGUCCUAAACCAUGUCCCAAGUGCCCAAGGCUACUGCUGAGUCGGCUGAUUUUAGAUAGCGAGGCACAUUGUGCCAGGGGUCAAGCCCAGAGCCUGGGGCCAAGAAAUGUCUCUGCCAAACCUCUUAUUCUCCCAGGACUGAGCUGAAGUAAAUCUGCCCACUUACUGAAAGCCACGCAGCCAGGCAGCAGACAAACCCUGUCAGACAAGCUUGGAUAGAUUAGUUGGGGGGGGGGGGGGGGGGUGGUGCUUUAAAACUCCAGCACACCAGUCAGGGGGUGGAAAGAGACAUCAGUGCUCUCUCUGUCUGAGCUGUAUGAUUGAGGUAGAAAAUAUGUCUUUGUGCACUCUCUAUCCACAUUAGUAUUUAUCAAAUGGCUAUCAACAUUAGCCCUUAUUCUGGGCAGAUAGCCAACAAGCUACUCUACCGACAGAUCAAUAGCUGAGUGAGUAUGUUAAAAGUCAUGUUGCGAUUACCCCAACAAGAGAGACAAGAGAAAUCAGUACCUUACGCAAUAGUUAGCGGAGCUACAAGAAUGAAUUGAGGGACAAAUCAAUUUCCAAGAAAAUAUGCUUUUAAGUACUACUGUAAAUCAUAGUGAUUGUACUAGAUAGCCUGCUGUCUAACAUAUAGUUCAGGAUAAUUAAUAGAAUGUAGUCUGGUCUAGUGUUUCUAGUGCUGUCUGAACUUAAUAGCAACCCCUAAGGUGUUCCGUUGAGUGCUAGCUACCUGGGUAACACUAGUAUACUGAUAGGAACCUAUGGCAGCCUCUUUUGUUGAAUGAAGUCUACAGAAAAUGCAGGUAAUGUGAUCCUGUGGUGGACAUUGCCCUUUGUGCUAUCAUGUUUUCUGUCUUCCACUCCUGGCACUAGUAUCGUUUUACAGAUUCCCAUUGUGUAUAACUGUGUGGCCAUUCUCUACACUGAUGUAGAAUUAAUGUAGAAUAGGACCCCUUUUUUAGUUUGAUCCUCAAUGCUGACAAUCAACUGUUAUUAAACUUCAAAACGAUGAAACACUAAUCUGCCCAACUUCAUGUUGAUUAGGCUACCUCAUGCAGUAAUCCUAACCCUGAUAAGUUUCAGGAACAAAUUUACACUAUGUGACUUCAACAGCUAAUUGUACUAUUGCGUAACAACUCCAGUUAGUGUACAUUUAACAGAACUGACUCUACUUGGUCUCUGUGGCGUGUGUGCUGGGGCGAGAGAGAGGAUGAUCUCUGUAAUGAUCUGUAGGGAGUAGGGACUGUCUCUAUUAGGCCUAUUCCACAGCCCUGACCACACCACAGAGAGAAUGGAGAAAGCACUGACCUGUACUGCCCUGGCCUUGUCACCGGACAAAACUUCUCCAAGUGCUAUUCCUAAUAGGGAGCUAUUUAUAUAGCCUAAUCAUAGAUAGCUAUUUGCUAUGCAGUAUUUCCCUCCAAACAAAUCAACUGAAGGAUUACUCAAGUUCUUGUUAUUUUCCUCAAUAUCAACUCAACACAAGUUGCACUCCUGAACUGAAUCAAGCCUUUAUAGCUGUAUUCUUACCAAGAAAACACUUAAGUCCAUCAUUCGAUUUUAGCAUAAUGUAUUCUGUCAUGGUGUUUCUCUCCCCCUACAGGCGGUGCGUAUCAUGGAGUUGGCCCUCCAGAAGUAUGGGAGCUAUGAGAUGUUUGAGCAAGCCACAGGGGGCAACCUGCUCACCAAGUGUCGUAUCUGGUACCUGGUCAAGAAGUACAUGGAAAAGGAGGGCUGUAUUGGGGAGGUGAGAGGACAUGGACCAGCUGGAGUAAUCUGAUUCCAAAUCUGUGGUCAAGGGCAACUUUUACCUGGAGAAAGGUAUAAGAUACCCCUUACCACAGAUCCAGGGUCAACUACAGUGCCUUCAGAAAGGAUUCACACCCUUUUUCCACAUUUUGUUGUGUUACAGCCUGAAUUUAAAAUGGAUUAAAUAUCGAUGUUUUUGUCACUGGCCUACACACAAUACCCAAUAAUGUCAAAGUGGAAUUAUGUUUUUAGAUAUCUUGUGUCAAUAAGUAUUCAACCCCUCUGUUAUGGCAAGACUUAAUAAGGUGAGGAGUAAAGAUUUGCAUAAAAGUCACGUAAUAAGUUGCAUGAACUCAUGCCGUGUGCAAUAAUAGUGUUUAACAUGAUUUUUUUAUGACUACCCACACAUACAAUUAUCUGUAAGGUCCCUCAGUCGAGCAGUGAAUUUCAAACACAGAUUGAACCACAAAGAUCAGGGAGGUUUUCCAAAGCCUCGCAAAGAAAGGCACCUAUUGGUAGAUGGGUAAAAAAAAAAGCAGACAUUGAAUAUCCCUUUGAGCAUGGUGAAGUUAUUAAUUACACUUUGGAUGGUUUAUCAAUACACCUAGUCACUACAAAGAUACAGGCCGUCCUUCCUAACUCAGUUGCCGGAGAGGAAGGAAACCGCUCAGGGAUUUCACCAUGAGGCCAAUGGUGAAUUUAAAACAGUUACAUAGUUUAAUGGCUGUGAUAGGAAAAAACUGAGGAUGGAUCAACAACAUUGUAGUUACUCUACAAUACUAACCUAAUUGACAGAGGGAAAAGAAGGAAGCAUGUACAGAAUAUAAAUAUUACAAAACAUGUAUCCUGUUUGCAAAAAAUGUGGCAAAGCAAUUAACUUUUUCUCCUGAAUACAAACUGUUAUGUUUGAGGCAAAUCCAAUACAACACAUUACUGAGUAUCACGCUCCACAUUUUCAAGCAUAGUGAUGCUUGCAUCAUGUUGUGGGUAUGCUUGUAACCAUUAAGGACUGGGGAGUUUUUCAGGAUAAAAAAGAAUGGAGCUGAGCACAGGCAAAAUCCUAGUAGAAAACCUGGCCAAAUAUACACUGGAGUUGCUUACCAAGAAGACAGUGAAUGUUCCUGAGUGGCCGAGUUACAGUUUUGACUUAAAAUUACUUGAAAAUCUAAGACCUGAAAAUGGUUGUCUAGCAAUGAUUAACAACUAAUAUGACGGAGCUUGAAGAAUUUUGAAAAUAACAAUGUAAUCACUGCCAAAUGUGCUUCUACAAAGUAUUGAAUCAGGGGUGUGAAUACUUACACUACCGGUCAAAAGUUUUAGAACACCUACUCAUUCAAGGGUUUUUCUUUAUUUUUACUAUUUUCUAGAUUGUAGAAUACUAGUAAAGACAUCAAAACUAUGAAAUAGCAUUCUCUCAACCAGCUUCACCUGGAAUGCUUUUCCAACAGCCUUGAAGGAGUUCCCACAUAUGCUGAGCACUUGUUGGCUGCUUUUCCUUCACUCUGCGGUCCGACUCAUCCCAAACCAUCUCAAUUGGGUUGAGGUCGGGGGAUUGUGGAGGCCAGGUCAUUUGAUUCAGCACUCUAUCACUCUCCUUCUUGGUAAAAUAGCACUUACACACCCUGGAGGUGUGUUGGGUCAUUGUCCUGUUGAAAAACAAAUGAUAGUCCCACUAAGCCCAAACCAGAUGGGAUGGCGUAUCGCUUCAGAAUGCUGUGGUAGCCAUGCUGGUUAAGUGUGCCUUGAAUUCUAAAUAAAUCACAGACAGUGUCACCAGCAAAGCACCCCCACACCAUAACACCUCCUCCUCCAUGCAUUACGUUGGGAAACACACAUGUGGAGAUCAUCCGUUCACCCACACGGUUGAAACCCAAAAUCUCAAAUUUGGACUCCAGACCAAAGGACAAAUUUCCACCGGUCUAAUGUCCAUUGCUCUUGUUUAUUGGUGUCCUUUAGUAGUGAUUUCUUUGCAGCAAUUCGACCAUGAAGGCCUGAUUCACACAGUCUCAUCUGAACAGUUGAUGUUGAGAUGUGUCUGUUACUUGAACUCUAUGAAGCAUUUAUUUGGGCUGCAAUUUCUGAGGCUGGUAACUCUAAUGAACUUAUCCUCUGCAGCAGAGGUAACUCUGGGUCUUCCAUUCCUGUGGCGGUCCUCAUAAGAGCCAGUUUCCUCAUAGCGCUUACAUUUUACAUUUACAUUUUAGUCAUUUAGCAGACGCUCUUAUCCAGAGCGACUUACAGUUAGUGCAUACAUUUAUUUUUUUCAUACUGGCCCCCCAUGGGAAUCGAACCCACAACCCUGGCGUUGCAAAUGCCAUGCUCUACCAACUGAGCUACAUCCCUGCCGGCCAUUCCCUCCCCUACCCUGGACGACGCUGGGCCAAUUGUGCGCCACCCCAUGGGCUUGAUGGUUUUUGCGACUGCACUUGAAGAAACUUUUCAAAGUUCUUGAAAUGUUCCGUAUUGACUGACCUUCAUGUCUUAAAGUAAUGAUGGGCUGUCCUUUUUCUUUCAUUAUUUGAGCUGUUCUUGCCAUAAUACAUUUGCUUGCGAAAGUAUUCACCCCCUUGGCAUUUUUCCUAUUUUGUUGCCUUACAACCUGGAAUUAAAAUUGAUUUUUGGGGGGGUUGUAUCAUUUGAUUUACACAACAUGCCUACCACUUUGAAGAUGCAAAAUAUUUUUUCUUGUGAAACAAACAAGAAAUAAGAGAAAAAAACUGAAAACUUGAGCGUGCAUAACUAUUCACCCCCCCCCCCCCCCCCCCCCCCAAAGUCAAUACUUUGUAGAGCCACCUUUUGCAGCAAUUACAGCUGCAAGUCUCUUGGGGUAUGUCACUAUAAGCUUGGCACAUCUAGCCACUGGGAUUUUUGCCCAUUCUUCAAGGCAGUUGGAUGGGUUCCGCUGGUACAGCAAUCUUUAUGUCAUACCACAGAUUCUCAAUUGGAUUUAGGUCUGGGCUUUGACUAGGCCAUUCCAAUACAUUUAAAUGUUUCCCCUUAAACCACGCUUGUGUUGCUUUAGCAGUAUGCUUAGGGUCAUUGUCCUGCUGGAAGGUGAACCUCCGUCCCAGUCUCAAAUCUCUGGAAGACUGAAAUAGGUUUCCCUCAAGAAUUUCCCUGUAUUUAGCGCCAUCCAUCAUUCCUUCAAUUCUGACCAGUUUCCCAGUCCCUGCCAAUGAAAAACAUCCCCACAGCAUGAUGCUGCCACCACCAUGCUUCACUGUGGGGAUGGUGUUCUCGGGGUGAUGAGAGGUGUUGGGUUUGCGCCAGACAUAGCGUUUUCCUUAAUGGCCAAAAAGCUACAUUUUAGUCUCAUCUGACCAGAGUACCUUCUUCCAUAUGCUUGGGGGGUCUCCCACAUGCCUUUUCGCGAACUGCAAACGUGUUUGGUUAUUUUUUUCUUUAAGCAAUGGCUUUUUUCUGGCCACUCUUCCGUAAAGCCCAGCUCUGUGGAGUGUACGGCUUAAAGUGGUCCUAUGGACAGAUACUCCAAUCUCCGCUGUGGAGCUUUGCAGCUCCUUCAGGGUUAUCUUUGGUCUCUUUGUUGCCUCUCUGAUUAAUGCCCUACUUGCCUGGUCCAUGAGUUUUGGUGGGCGGCCCUCUCUUGGCAGGUUUGUUGUGGUGCCAUAUUCUUUAAAUUUUUUAAUAAUGGGUUUAAUGGUGCUCCGUGGGAUGUUCAAAGUUUUGGAUAUGUUUUUAUAACCCAACCCUGAUCUGUACUUCUCCACAACUUUGUCCCUGACCUGUAUGGAGAGCUCCUUGGUCUUCAUGGUACUGCUUGCUUGGUGGUGCCCCUUGCUUAGUGGUGUUGCAGACUCUGGGGCCUUUCAGAACAGGUGUAUAUAUACUGCGAUCAUGUGACACUUAGAUUGCACACAGGUGGACUUUAUUUAACUAAUUAUGUGACUUCUGAAGGUAAUUGGUUGCACCAGAUCUUAUUUAGGGGCUUCAUAGCAAAGGGGGUGAAUACAUAUGCACGCACCACUUUUCCGUUAUUUUUUUUUUUGAAUGUUUUGAAACAAGUAAUUUUUUUCAUUUCACUUCACCAAUUUGGACUAUUUUGUGGAUGUCCAUUACAUGAAAUCCAAAUAAAAAUCCAUUUAAAUUACAGGUUGUAAUGCAACAAAAUAGGAAAAACGUGAAGGGGGAUGAAUACUUUUGCAAGGCACUGUAUCUAUCUUUUGACUGGUACUGUAUUUCUUUAUUUCAUUUAAAUACAUUUGCAAAAAUUUCUAAAAACAUGUUUUCACUUUGUCAUUGUAAGAUAUUGUGUGUAGAUGGGUGAGAGAAAAAUAAAUAUUUAAUCAAUUUUUUUUAAUUGUUCCUCCUAAAUCUCCCAAAAGAACAAACCCCCUAAGAUCACUAUAAUUACAAUUCUGCACACCCCAAUCAUAACAAUUCCCUCAUAUGAUGUAGCCGCCACAUAGUAACCCCAUAUCCUGCUACGGUACCGUAUCGCUUAUUAAGGUAGACGUUUCUUAACUACAUAUCUCUAUGUGGUGUCUUUGCCAGAUAGUGCUCCAUAUAAAGUGAGUCUCAACAUCUCUCCUUCUCUCUGUCGUCAGAUAGUGGUCAACGUGACAGACGACCUCCUCUCCAGAGCGUCCAUGACGGUGGUGAACAGCCGUCCCACUCUGACCAUCAACAUUGCCACAGCCCGGGAACACUGGCUGGAGGGCAUGCUUCGACACGAGAUCGGUUGGUACUAUAACUCCAUUAUACCUCUAGGGGUGCGUCGUUUUGUCAAGAGGUGCACAUAUCCCAGUGUUUGUUACAGUAUUACAGCCACACAGUAAUGUAUUUCAAGGGUGACAUAAUGCACACAUUUGUCCUGGAUCAGGGAGAAUGGGUCAGGAGAGCUAGGUGCAAAACAUGUAUUGGUUGAUAAGAGGCACUUCCGCAACCACAGCACAUUUAAAUUAACACAAUCAUUACUCAUGGUCCUGGUCCACUCAAUACUGAACUUGCUGUUCGCGCACAGUAAUUCACCGGCCCACUAGUCGGCUCUGCUGUACUCAGCGGCACUGUUAUUUUUUCUAGGAUGAGGUCAGCUUGGGUCUCUUCACCCUGUUGGUGCAAUAUAGCCACUGUGAUCAUUUCCUGUGUCUGUGCCCUCUUCCUAGGCACACACUACUUCCGGGGCAUCAACAACGCCCAGCAGCCGUGGAACAUCGUAGUCGGCAGGAAGAAGCACAAUCUCCGACCUUUGAACCCUACGGAGGAAGGGCUGGCCAGCAUCCACUCUGUCCUGUUCCGUAAGGACCCUACCCUGUGGAGGGCUGCCUUACUCUACUACACAGUGUACCAGGCCAGCCGCAUGUCCUUCUCUCAGCUGUUCCACAGCCUGGGACGCUUCGUCCAGGACCCCAACACACGCUGGGACUACUGUGUACGAGCCAAGAGGGGACAGACCGACACUGCACAGCCAGGUAACUAACACAGACACAACCUUUUGUUCACACGCCCAUACAGAUGUAGUAUCUUAAUUUGAGCCGGUUUGCUACAGCAGGAAAAUAAUCUUGCAGCAACAGGAAAUGUGAAUUAUUAUGUUGAUUAUAAUUAAUGGACAUUUUUGUAGGGGUUGAUACAUCUUUCGUAAGGGAAAAUCAAGUCUGACAUUUUUAAGUAUAAACUGCAAGCUUCAGAAGCCUUUUUAAACCUCAAAUAUACUACACGUUUUAAAUGUUCUGCAUUGCAUGAAAGUUCUCCUGCAACUGGGUAAUCAAAUUAAGAUCUUACAUCUGUACAUAGGCAUUCCUGCAUGCAGCCACACACCUAUCUCUUACUUUAGCUUUUCCACCUACUGGAGUCAGCAUUUUCUACCAGGCCUUGGGGGUUUUUAAGUUCAGAUGUAAUGAAUGUGGACUUGGCUGUUUCAGUACGUACUGAUGUCAUCUCCAUGGGCUUGUGGUUGUAUAUUUCAGGUUGUUUGAGUACGUACUGAUGUCAUCUCCAUGGGCUUGUUGUUGUAUAUUUCAGGUUGUUUCAGUAAGGACCAGGUGUACCUGGAUGGCAUCCUGAAGAUCCUGAGACACAGAGAGAAGAUUGACUUCCAGCUGCUCAUGUCCCUGGGCAAGGUGCGUAACAGGGGGUCUGUUUAGUGUGUCAGACUAGGACCCGUAGACAUAGCAAGAGUAGGUUUAUCAGGAGGCUGCCAAACCGGCUAACAAGGUCACCAAUUCUUAUUCUAUGAUCUGCAUCCUAUGGCUUUUUGUGCAUAAUGAUUAUUUUUCAAAGGGUUUGCAUUACACUGCAGACAGGAGACACAAAGGCAAUAUGUUUGAUGUGUUUGACUGCACAGCUUUCGUAUCGCUCUCCUCUCUUCCUAUUUCUCUUUCUCCUUCACCAUAACGACAAUGCUUAUUUGCACAUGAAAUUGAAUGAGAUGCCAGGCUGAAUAAGCUUACGUAACUACAGCUGUAUGAGGAGAAAGCAGAGCAGACCAUGUUAUUCUGCCUGAGAAGAAGAAUGACUUCAGGCAUAGAGAGGGAACACAUGACUCAAUGUGUUUCACACAGAUGGGCUUACAGUGUUACUGCUGUCUGUUUUAGGCAUAUCUGUAUAGCACAGGUGGCCAACCCUCCUAGAGAGCUACUUGGUAUGCAGGCGUUUAUUCCUGCCCUGCUCUAGCACAUCUGAUUCUACUAAUGAGCUGCUCAUCAGAGCAUGGAUUCACAGUUCCAGGUGUGUUAGAGUAGGGCUGGAACAAAAGCCUGCCAAGAGGCGGUUUGGCCAGUGGCACUCCCUGCAGAAUAGAAACCUGCUUUUAUUACAUUAGCACAAAUUCGAUCUUGAUUGUUUCUGUCAGUCUGACGUUUUUGUUCGCUUGUUCUAAAAUACAUUAGCAUGAUCUUGAUUGUUUCUGUCUGUCUGCUUGCCCAGGUGUCGUACGAGGACGUGGAUCGGCUGAAAGGUCUGGCGCAGAUGGAGCACGUGAGGAUACCUCACUUCCUGCAGGACACGGCGUGCUACGCUGAACAGCUGGAGAAGAUCAUGGAGGUCAACCAGCUGACUGACGAGGAGCUCAGGGUGCUCAUCUGAGACAUGGUGGACUAGAGGAGGGCCUGCACACUCAGUUACUCCUACACAUAGCUUUUAUAGGUUAACAGCAACCUGACCAAGAUCCAUUUGGGAUCUAAACGUUUUGUAUAUAACAAAGGCAUAGAGGUUGUUAUAAGGUUGUUAUAAAGGUGUGUGUUGGAAUAAGUGAGUGUGUUGGUUCUUCUGGCCCGGUACCCCAUGAGAAGUGACUCUACGCUCUUCAUCUGAGCAUGCCCAGAAAGAAGUGACCCCUGACCCUCCAGCAUGCCACACCUCCACCGAGCUACUGGGCUACCGAAACCUCAUUAAAGUCAGUGACAUCAUCCACAGUGACAACCCUUGCAUCUUUCACCGCCACUACCAUCCCCAACAGGCAAAAUGGCAUUUGAUGUCAUGAUGAUGUAAUUUCCUGGUUGUAAACUGGUUUUCCACCACCUAUGGUAGUUGUGUGAUGUGACAUGACUUGUGCAGAGUACUGUAUUGUAUGUAGGGUUUCCCUCUCCAUCUCGCUCACCUCUCCAUCUCUCCAUCUCUAUAUCGCUCUCUUGCACCCCAAAGCUAAGUGUACUUCUAUUUUCAAUCUCCUGUUCCAAAGACCAAUGGGUUCCUAUACUAAUGUUUCUAAACAGAGUUUUACUGUGGACUUGGUUGGUUGCUGUUGUGAUAGUUGAUGUUCAGGGAAUUACCCAUGAACCAGAGAGUGUGUGUGUUUGUCAGGAUCGGGCUGCAGUGAGAGACAUACAGGAGAGAGAUGGCUAUGGUAUCAUAAAAGCACAACACUGAUUUAUGAUGUGCCAGGUCACAGUGGAGAAAGGCAUGUGGAAGAGGCAACCUAACGAAGCACAAGACAGCAGCAUAGUGCUGAGAUAGUAGAAUUGGGAUAGCAUAGAAAUGCAUUGUGGCUCAUAUGUAUUUGUGCCCCGUUGACAUAUCCAGCAAGAGGUUACCUUGGUGCAGCAGCAUCAAUCCCUACAAACACACCCACAGUCUUAAGAUUUGCACUUUUCUCUCCAGCAUUUAUAACCUUUCACCUAUGAACUUUGAACUGCUUUGUUUCUGGCAGUUUCCUUAGAGAUAACCUUACAACCUUACAUUGAUGAACUCUCCUUGCUGCAUUUUAAAUCCAACCAAUAGGACUAGUGUUUUUAAAGGCACAGUGCAACAUAAUAUUGUACUGUAAUGUUUUUCUCCUUUUGGUCAAACAUGAUUGACAGGUUGUUGAUGUUCUUGCUUUUGGUACCUGUUUUGAGAACUGAACACUGUGAUAUUUGAUAAAUAUGGUUAUAUUGACACUUCCACCUAGCCUGGUCCUAGAUCAGUUUGUGCUGUCUUGCUAAUAGUAAUUUCCAAUGACCAUAGGAGUUGGCAGG